AAUUUAAGAUGGAAAUGUCAUCUAUAACACAAGAUAUAUCUGGUCUUUUCUUGGAUCCAGACACUGAACGGUUUAAUAUCUUUGAAUUGUUUCAUAAAUAUUGGUUUAACAAAGGGACUUUAAGUGCGACAGUUGGUGCACUAGAACUAAAAUAUGUUAAAGAGUUAAAAUAG